AUGAGCCCUCCUAGUAAGCGAGUUAAGCCCGGUGGUAGGAGAAGAACUUAUUUUUUCAAGCCCGAAGACUCGUUAACAACCAAUCAAGAGGAAGAUGUAUUGCCUCUUGCCCAAUCCACCGGGCUUCAGAACUCUUUAGAGAACACAAUGACACCAACAAGGCCUAGAAAACGCGUUUCCAAAAUUACUGAGACCUUGAGAAAUAGAAAGUUGAAUGGCCUGAGUUCUGAUGAUAUGGUAUUUUGGCAAGGGACGCCUAAAUCGGAUUCGAUAUCAUCACUUUCGCCAGACAAACCUACCACACAUAACCUUCCGUCUUCUCCUACAAGACAGAUCCCAAUUUCAAACGUUGUCUAUGAUCCAAUUGGUGAACUUGCAGAGAAGUACAACACAACAUUUGACAAUUUAGCAUCACAAACCCCAAUCACCUCUACCAAUAAGAUGCAGAGAAGAUCUUCUGAUUCACAGCCAGCGUCAAGAAAGAAAGUGGGCGAUUUGUUUAAUUUUGAACAUUCUCCUUCAAUUCGACGAACUAAAACUGCUGGAUUAGAAAAUCUCGCCAUUGGUGCUCCUGUUGAGGGCAAAGUUGGAGUAACGAAAAAGUUUGAAAAGCUUCUUGAUGAGUUUCAUCAAAGUUUUAGUGGCUCACCUGUAGAUGUACCCAUCAGCUCUAAGGAAUCAUCAAAAUCACCUGGUCAUUCUGCCAGUGAGCAAGACCAAUCCGGAUUUUCCGAUGAGCUUGAUAUGGACGACAUUAAUCACUUACUGGAAAUGACGCAGCCAAAGCCAAAAGUUCAAAUAGCGACACCAAAAACUGAACUGCCCGUAUCAAAAGACACAAUAAAAGAGGAGCAAGACUCUUCGUUUGAUGACACUAGCGAUGAUGAUGACUUUGAAAUGUUAUUCAACCAAUUGGAAAGUCAAAACUCUGUAAAGAAGCUAUCAACUCAGGAAAAGAAAAUCAGACAAUCAGAUAUGGAGUCUGUAGAAAUUUUUCAGAGACAUAUUAAACAGGAAUAUGCAAACGAUACAAGGCACAAUAAAUGUAAGGAGAAUAAAGCAAAGCUUGCGGUGCCGAAGAAAGACGUAUUUCGGUAUCAAGUUGUGAAGAUUCGAAAGGCCAAGUAUAAGCUUGACAAUUCAAAAGGCGAACAAUUGAUACUCACAGUUUCUGAUGCCUGUUCAGUGCAAAGGAAUAUUGUAAUCAGGGAUUUUUGGGCAGAAUUAGACAUUGAAGAGGGGGAUGUAAUCCACAUCAUAGGGAAGGAUCCCAGUCUGACCGACAAGAGAACUAACAUUUUGAUCUGGAAUCCUGAUUUGCUACUUUCUUCCACUUUAGUAAGUGAAUCUAUAAGUUGCAAAAGAAGAUCUUUUCUCAAGAAUAAGCUCACCUUUCCAGGCGAGUCUUCCAUUCCUUUGAUUGUGGGGGUAAUUGUUCAUACAGUUUUUCAACAAUGUCUUGCCGCUGGAAACAUUACCGAUGACUUUAUCAGUACCCUGAUUGAGAGUGAAUUGAAUGCUAAUCUAUUUUCCAUAUUUAGCAUCAAUGAAUCGAGAGAAACGGUGAGGGAGAAAAUCCAGGAGCACGUUCCCUUCAUCAAGCAAUGGCAUGAUACAUAUACAAGAAGCAUUCCAGUCUCAAAAUCAUCGACUGCAAUUGGUGGGACUAAAGAUAAGGCCAUGGUUUCUGCUAGUAAUAUUUUAGAUAUUGAAGAGAAUAUCUGGUCUCCAGUGUUUGGCUUAAGAGGGCUCAUAGAUGUCACUGUGGAGGCAUGCAUCAAAGGGCCUAACAAUGAUGGAAGGUUUGUUGUACCCCUGGAACUAAAAACCGGGUCAAGAGAGUAUAUCUCACAUAGAGCGCAGGUUUCUCUUUAUUCUUUACUGGUUAGAGAAAGAUAUGAUAUAGACUCAGAUUACUUCUUUCUUGUUUUUACAAAGCUCAAGAGUGUUCAAUUACAUAAUAUCAAACAACAUGAUCUCAGACUUAUUGUGCAGUUGCGCAAUGAGCUUUCUGGUUACCUCAAACUGACAAAUGGGUUGAAUAAAUUACCUCCCCUGAUCAAACAAUCCGAGUGCGAUAGAUGCGACGUUUUAGUUCCCUGCAUGGCUUUGAACAAGCUAAUUGAAAAUGGGACAUCCGAAGACAGUGGAAUUCUGGAGCAAAAAUAUGAGCUGUUGACGAGCCAUUUGGAUAAAGAAGAAUACAAAUUUUUUUUCAAAAAAUGGACAGAUAUGGACAUUGACGGCUACAGAAAAAGACAGAACGGAGGAACAUGCUUAGGAGGGUUGGAAAUUAUUGAGAUGGAAGAAUCUUCCGUAUCUAACUACAACUAUCGCUAUGUCUUGAAUCGUGACUGUAAUUCAUCGAAUGCACCAUUAACUUCUGCUCAGUUCUCCAAGUAUGACAGAAUUUUAGUAAGCGAUGAAGAAGGUCAUUAUGCAUUGGCAGUUGGUUGUAUUGAUCUUAUAACCCCGACUACGGUAAUCAUUAGAACUGAUAGAAGAAUCGUUAACUCUUCCUUGAAGCUGCCAGGAUUUAAUGCAAGAAACAAUCAAACCUUUCAAUCUGUGCUGUCCAAGAGGGAUUUUGAGAUGUUACCGGCGGAGGUAAAAAAUAAAACUUUCAGGAUAGACAAAAAUGAGUUUUACAAUGGCUUGGCAUUAGCCAGGUUCAAUAUUUUGAACUUGUUUUUACCUGAAUACGGGGAUGAGAAAAGGAGAAGAAUGGUUGUUGAGUUGAAGGCACCCAGCUUUUCAAAUAAACCUCUUCCUUACAACGUUUCGAAGCUUGGGUCUUUUAAUCCUGACCAGCUUGCAGCCGUCAAGAAAGCACUGUGUACUGAGGACUAUAGUUUGAUUUUGGGAAUGCCAGGUACUGGCAAAACUACGGUCAUUGCACAGAUAAUAAGAAUUAUGGUAGCCAACGGAAAAUCCGUAUUACUAACCUCCCAUACUCAUUCUGCUGUGGAUAGCAUUCUUCUAAAGCUACUGGAUGAUGGUAUAGACUUCUACCGUGUUGGUUCUGAGGCUAAAAUUCACCCCUUGGUUCGAAAAUUCAUGCCCCAAAAACGUGGUUCCGCUGAUAUGAAUAGUAUUGAAGAUUUCCAGAGAAUGAUUCAUCAAGCACCUGUGGUUGCCGCUACCUGCAUGGGAGUUGGAGACUUGGUAUUCAACUACCGAACGUUCGAUUAUUGUAUUGUUGAUGAAGCUUCACAGGUGUCCAUGCCAUUCUGUUUGGGACCUUUGAGAUUCUGUGAUAAAUUCAUUCUUGUAGGCGACCAUUUCCAACUACCUCCCUUAGUGAAAAAUCCUGAAGCUCGUAAUCAGGGCUUGGACAGAUCAUUGUUUAAGAUUUUGAGUGAGAAGCAUCCUCAAAGUGUCGUCUCUUUGAGCUAUCAAUAUCGCAUGUGCGCAGACGUGAUGCUUCUAUCCAACAAACUAAUUUAUGAAAACCGGUUAAAAUGUGGUAGCGAUAACGUUGCCCAACGGUCUUUAAGAAUUCCAAUGAAAGAGAGACUGGAUCACUUACUGCUUGAUCCAAGUACACCGAAAAAUCGAUUGUGGCUUCACCACAUCUUUGUAGAAGAGAACAGGGUUAUCUUCUUGGACCAUGAUGACGUUCCAGCAAAAGAAAGAAUGUCGACAGAUAGAGUGGACAACCCAACUGAAGCAGAACUGGUUGGCCAAAUUGUUGACAGUCUUAUCAAUUGUGGGUGUGACAGCAAGGAGAUUGGUGUGAUGUCGUUUUAUCGAGCCCAGGUAAAAUUGAUGAAAACAAGACUUGUUUCUCAUGUGCAAAAUGUGGAGGUCAUGACAGCAGAUCAGUUUCAAGGAAGGGAUAAAGAAUGCAUUAUAAUAUCACUAGUUCGAUCCAACGCUACCAACUCAGUGGGUAAUCUACUAAAAGAGUGGAGACGAAUCAACGUUGCCAUUACCAGAGCCAAAUCAAAGUUACUAAUUCUCGGCAGCAGGAAGACAUUGGAACAACUUGAAACUCUGAAAGCCUUUUUGUCACUAUUGAAAAGUAGAGGAUGGAUUUACAGACUGCCGCUUGGAGCUGAUUCCGUUUACAAAGGCCUCAAGCAAGAUAACCAUAAGACAGAGCCAGCCAGAAAAGACAAUUCCAAAAUGUCAUUGAAAAUGAUAAAAUCCAGGCCAAUAUUGAAGGACAUUUUCAAUGACUUGGUAAACUAA